AUGGCAGAUAACAGCGCUGGGUUAGACUUGUCCCCAGCUGCACCACAGGAGUAUAAAACGUUUAAUAAUGUGGUAAUGAGCUUGAAAAUCAUAAUCAUUUUCGUCGCUAUAGGAGGGAAUAUACUAACAAUUGUUGCCAUCUGCCGCUUCAAGUCUUUGAGAUACCCCAGUAACAUGAUGAUCGCAGCAUUGGCCGUCAGUGAUAUUUUGACUGUGACCAUCUACACACCGCUCGUAAUGAUACGGACCAACAAGCCAGUCCUUUUUAAUACCAGGGCAUCCUGUUUGAUCACUAUAUUCAUAGGACAAAUUGUAGUCGUAGGCAAUAUAGUCUUUCUGUCACUUCUCUCCAUGGAGCGAUUCUACGCAGUUCACUUCCCCUAUCACUAUUACGAGCACGUAACGAUGAAAGGUAACUUCGUCUGGUGUGUGGUUUCCGUCGUAGGAGUAUUUCUCCUAAACGUUCCAACGGUUUCUGGAAUAGACUAUUGGAAAACAAAUGGCAGGUGUUAUUCGCCAAUUCUGUUUCCCAGUUGGUUUACUAGAUUUUUCAUAAGUACGGUGUUCACUUUCCAGAUAAUUGGACUUCUGUCUGCUUUUCGUGUUUUGGUGGCAGAACUGAAGUUCAGACGUCGAGAGCGAAAUUUCCGAGUGUCUGACGUAGAGAAGCAAGCAUCACUGCAGUCCACAGUGAUGGUCCUGGCGUACAGCGUGUCCGUCUGUCUGUAUCUGCCACACAUUCUCUACUACCUCGCGGUCACAUUUGCAAAGAAUGAGAUAAAUUAUGUACUCUUUGAAAUCUUGUUGGUGUUGGAUUUGUGUAACCCAGCUAUCAACCUUUUCAUUUACGGAUUCAAGAGCAGGAAGUUCCGAGAGGCAUACAAAAGCAUAUUGAGAUGCAAGGGCUUGCAAGUGGAACCUCUUACGACUACGGAAGGUUGA